UUUCUGCUUGCUGCAACUUUUGAAUCGUAAAAUGUGGUUAUAUAGGACUGACACAGCGUUUGAAUCCUAAAUAGUACAAUCGUUGGUAAAGUCUGCAUGUAGACAUAUCACAGAGAAUGACGUGGACCCUGGGAAAACUUGACAGUUGCCUUUAGAAAAAGGAGCGUUUUAUGAAUCCUGAGUAAUGUUGAAGUCUGAAGUCGCCACUUCCUUGGGUAUACGUUCCAAGAAUUAUAAAGAUGGACAAGGAGACAUUGGUGAUAUCCUGCAAGUUCUACAAGAGUGGAAGUUGUACCAGACCAUCUUAUAGCAAGUUCUGUAGGACUGGGCAAGAGGAACCAGUUUGUAUUGAUUAUAUAACCCACACAGACUUCAGCUACUCAGAGUUUGUCCAGAACUAUCUGCUUCCUAACUAUCCCUGCAUUUUAUCACCAAGCUUCACUGAGGGCUGGCUGAGUAGGUGCCAGUGGGUGACAAAGGAUGGGAGUCCAGAUUUGGAAGCUCUGGCCCAGAGAUUUCGGGAAGCCAUAGUUCCUGUAGCAAACUGUGACAUAAAACAAUACAAUGCCAAUCCCAAAGAACACAUUCCUUUAAAAAAGUACAUAAGCUACUGGAAAGAUUACUCUCAGAGUGAAUGCACUUCUCCUAGGGACUGUCUUUACCUCAAAGACUGGCAUAUGCACAGGGCUUUCCCAGACCAUGGACUCUACGCCACACCAAUUUUUUUCUCAUCUGACUGGCUUAAUGAAUACUGGGAUUCAAUUGAGGUGGACGAUUAUCGAUUUGUUUAUAUGGGCCCCAAAGGAUCAUGGACACCAUUCCAUGCAGAUGUCUUUCACUCCUACAGUUGGUCAGCCAACAUCUGUGGCAGGAAAAAAUGGCUUCUGUUUCCCCCAGGGCAAGAGGAUUUCUUAAGAGAUUGUCACGGUAAUCUUGUGUAUGAUGUUACUGCCACAUCACUUCAGAACCAUGAACAGUACCCCCAUUACAGCAAAUGCUGCUUCCCCAUUGAGGUUAACCAGGAAGCAGGAGAGAUCAUCUUCAUUCCCUCAGGAUGGCACCAUCAAGUAUAUAACCUGGAAGAUACAAUUUCUAUUAACCACAACUGGUUGAAUGGCUACAAUGUAGCUUUCAUGUGGAACUUCCUGCAGAAAGAGCUGAGACUGGUGCAGCAGGAGAUCAGUGAAUGGAAGGAGACAAUGGACAAUUGGCAUGAUCAUUGUCAGGUAAUUAUGAAGUCCUGCUCAGGUAUAGACUACAAAGAACUGUAUUAUUUCCUCAAGACAGUUGCAGAAAAUAGGAUACAUUUUUUGGAAGGAACAUCAGAAGACCUGUCUUCCUCAGUGAGAGCUGUGCCACCCUCACUGUCAAUUUUGGGGCCAUGGCAGGCAGUAUUUGAUUUGAACAGAGUUGCAGAUGUAUUGUCAUCACUGAUUGAGAAUGAGGAAUUCAAACAGUUGGAUAUAGAAGAGUUUUGUCCACAGCCAACAUGUCUGUUGGAGAGUAUUAAAGAAGCAAAAGACGCUGUGUUAUGAUUGCAGAGAUAUGACUGCAUGUGUUUGCUGAGAAAUGGUAAUAUAAGAUAAAAGAAAGCUUGUACAUGUCAAAGAUUUUCAUUUUGUCUGUUUUAAUACACAUAUAUUUCAAAUGGCUGUGUGAAUCACUGUAUAUGCAACACAAUGGAAGAGCCAAUAAACACCAGUUAUGUCAUCAAGAA